ACCCACCUUUUCUAAUUUAUAUAUAUAAAUAUAUAAUAUGAAGCAUUUUUUAUUAUUUUAUUAUCCAAUUUAUAUCUAAAAGGAUGCAAACCGUAUAUAUAAUAUUUUCACUUUUUUUUUAUAUAUUUUUCCGUUUUUUUCAAAAAAAUAAAUUUUAAGGGUAAAACGUAUUUUGUUCGGCAAAAAUAGAUACCACAUAAAUUACAAAUACGCGUGAUAUAAGCAAAAAAUGCAUUCAUAUAUUUUUCCAUUUUUUACGCAAUUUAUUUUAUUUAUUUAUCAUUCCUGCCAUUUUUACGUAAUAAAAUAUUUGUUAAAAUAUUUUUAUUUAAUUCAGUUUUUUGCUUUUUAUACAUAUAUAUUUUUUUAUGUAAUUUUUUAUGCAUAAUUUAGAAAAAUUGAAAUGUUUAUUUCUUUUUUAUUAUAUUGCCAAAAGUAUAAUAAAUUUAGAAAAAUAAACACUGUUCGAAAUUUACUACAAAUUUCAUAAUAUAUAAAAAAACUAUAGCAUUCCAAAUGUUUUAGAAACAUAUAAGAGAGUCACAUGAAAGAAAAAACGAACUAUUCAUCCUUAACUAAAUUUUUCGCGGUUUCCCUUUUGGUGUGGGUAUGCCAGUAUUCUAAUGAGUCAUCUGCCACCGGUAAAUCAUGGAUUGAGGAACACGGCAAAAACAACUCAUUAGCUGCAAGAGCUGGUAGGGUAUUAAGGGAGGAUGAAGAAGUAAUUGCAGAACAGAGAAAUGCCUUCCUUAAAGAAAAGUUGAUAGGAUUAAUAGAAGAUGGAGAAGAAGAAACUGAUGACAAUUUCAACUUUGCAAAAAGGUUUAAUGCGUUAAUACAGGAAGAAAACUUCCAAAAAGGAUUAAAUUCAUUGAUGAAAGAUGAAAACAAAAAAAGACAAAUGAACCCCUAUGAAUAUGAUGAUGAUAUUGUAAAAUUGCACAACACAUUCAAUUUUAAAGACAACAAUAAGAAUGUUGACAAGGAUGUAAAUUUAAUAGAAUUUGAAGAUUUUGGAAAAGUGCAAAAUUUACAAAAAUUGAACAACCAACCUGCGAAACAGACGAACCCAUUUACUGUUUCUAACGAUUACGCAAAACAAAGUAGUUCCCAAAAUUUGUACAGCGAUUCUGCAAAAAGAGUAAAUAAACUUGCUCCUUCUGAUGACUUCGGAAAACUCCACAAUUCUAUUAACGUUAACAAACAACCUGUGAACAAACCAACUAUAAUUGCUCCUACUGACGACUUCGAAAAGCUCCACAAUUCUAUUAACGUCAACAAACAACCUACGGACAAACCAACUGCAAUUACUCCUUCUGACGACUUCGGAAAGCUCCACAAUUCUAUUAAUGUUAACAGACAACCUACGGACAAACCAACUGCAAUUACUCCUUCUGACGACUUCGGAAAGCUCCACAAUUCUAUUAAUGUUAACAGACAACCUGUGAAAAAACCAACUAUAAUUCGUCCAGUUGACGGUUUCGUAAAACAACAAAAUUACCAAAAUGUUAACAAACAAUCAACAAAAGAGCCCAGUUUAGUUGAUUCUACGGACGACUUUGAAAAACUACACAAUUCAUUAAGUUAUAAAAAGCCAAAUGAAAAAAGAUCAAGUGCAUACAGAGAUAACGAUAAUUUUGAAAAAAGAUAUAGUACAUUAAAAGAUGACUUCUAUUCUGAGAAACUAUUUAAUAGUGCAUAUAAAAAAGGCAACUACGAAUCUAAAGAUAAAGCUCACGAAUUAUCAUAUUAUGAUGAUGAACCAAGGAGACAUCAGAAUUAUAAAAGUGAUUUCAGUGAUUUAAAGAAAAAUGGAAGACCUAAUGCACAUUUUGAUAAGAUGUAUAACGAUUUACUAAAAGGAACCAAUUUUGAAUCAGAAAAAAGAGUUCUAAAAUAUGUAGAUGAUCAACCAAGAAAUGGUUCAGGAAAACCAUUAAUUGACUUUUCAGAAGAUUUUCCCAAAAAUAGCUAUGAAAGAUAUUCCAAUGAUGUGAGAAAAAGUCCUUAUACUAAAAGUAGAUCAAGUGCAUUGUCAUAUGCCCAAAAUGUCGAAAAAAUACUUAAUAAAUUAAAAUAUUUUAGUAAUGUUGAAACAGCAGUUCGUGAAUUAAAAAAUGAUCCUAGCUUUAAAAAAAUACUUAAUGAACUACAAAAUGGUAACGCACUUGAAAGACUAUUUUAUGUAUUGAAAUAUUCUGACGAUUCUGAAGAAAUAAUUUCUGAAUUGAAAAAAAGUGACAACAUUGAAAAAUUAAUUUAUGUAUUGAACCAUUACGAAAAUAAUUCUCAACCCCCAAAAAGAGAAACAUUAAAAAAGGCAUCAUCAAAAAAAGAUUAUGAUGGAAACAGUAAAUUAUCAUUAUUAAACAUAAAAAAGAAAAAAAUAAUAUUGUGGAUAACGAAAAUGUUCAAUAAAUUUGAUAAAAUGUAUGAAGAUCAGUUGUUAUCUUUAUUCAGUUCCGACUUAGAUGAUGAUGAGAAUGAUUCUUCAGAGCAUAAAAAAAUUUUGCAUAUUGUGAAAUACGUUAAAGUUCUAAUACCAAUUGCACUGUGUGCAGUAAUCAUAGCCGUUUUUAGUGUAUUGCAAAAUGUUACCUAUUAUAUCAUAUCAGCCCUAUUAGCUGCCUCAGCAGUAGGAUAUACCAUCUUUAAAUUAAAGAAAUGCCAUUAUAAGAAAAAAGUCGAAAGAAUAAACAAGGAAAAUGCAAAAAAAUCUUCAAAACCAUCAAAACCAUCAAUAAUAAAAACCUUUGCUUUCUAA